CUUUAUAACACCCACGCCCCCUCGCUCUCUCUCGCACCACAGACAAUACCCGCUUCUCUUCGAGAGAGAGAGAGAGAUGGAGAAAUUAGCGGGCUCCACCUCCGGUGCCGCCCCAACAGCGUCGUCGUUUGCGAGUCCGAGGGCGUACGGGCGGGCGCUGGCGGAGACACCCAGGCGGCUGAGGCGGCGUGCGGGGUCGGUGACGACGACGUACGAGGAGAUGAGUCGGGUGCGGGCGCGGUCAGGGCCGGGCAUGGCGCGGGAGCUGCGGUGGCCGGACCUCGUGGGGCUUGGACUCGGGGGAAUGGUCGGCGCCGGGGUUUUCGUGGCCACCGGCCGGGCCACUCGCCUCAAAGCCGGCCCCGCCGUCGUGGUGUCCUAUGCCAUUGCUGGGCUCUGUGCCCUCCUGUCAGCGUUCUGCUACACCGAGUUCGCCGUCGACAUGCCUAUCGCCGGCGGCGCCUUCAGCUACCUCAGGGUCACCUUCGGGGAAUUUGCGGCCUUUUUGACAGGAGCAAAUCUAAUAAUGGAAUACGUGUUCUCGAACGCGGCAGUGGCGCGGAGCUUCACAACAUAUCUAGGGACGGCAAUCGGUGUGGACGCGGCGGCGCGUUGGCGGAUCACAGUCUCCGGCCUCCCCAAGGGCUUCAACCAGAUCGAUCUCCUUGCGGUGACCAUAGUUCUGAUCGUCUCUGUGUGCAUUUGUUACAGUACGAAGGAAAGCUCGGUUCUAAACUUGGUGCUGACAUCGAUCCACAUAGCCUUCAUCCUGUUUAUAAUUCUCAUGGGAUUCUGGCGUGGGGACUGGAAGAACUUCACGCACCCGGCGAACCCGGCCAAGAACGCCGGCGGGUUCUUCCCCUACGGCGCCUCGGGGGUCUUCAAUGGAGCGGCCAUGGUCUACCUCAGCUACAUCGGCUACGACGCCGUGUCCACCAUGGCAGAGGAGGUGAAGAACCCCACCCGCGACAUCCCCAUCGGCGUAUCGGGCUCGGUCGUCCUCGUCACCGUUCUCUACUGCCUCAUGGCUGCCUCCCUCGCCAUGCUCCUCCCCUACGACGCCAUCGACACGGAAUCGCCGUUCUCGGGGGCGUUCAGCGGAUCGGACGGCUGGAGAUGGGUGUCCAACGUGAUCGGGGCGGGGGCGGGAUUCGGGAUCCUGACGUCGUUGCUGGUGUCGAUGCUGGGGCAGGCGAGGUACCUGUGUGUGAUCGGACGGUCGAACGUUGUGCCAGCGUGGCUCGCCCGGGUCCACCCUUCCACCGCCACGCCCGUCAACGCCUCCGCUUUCCUCGGGGUGUUCACAGCUGCGAUAGCUCUAAUCACGGAACUGGACGUCCUCCUCAACCUUGUCUCCAUCGGCACCCUCUUCGUCUUCUACAUGGUGGCCAAUGCGGUGAUCUACAGGCGUUACGUGGUGGUGGGAUCCACCAACCCAUGGCCCACCAUCUCCUUUCUCCUCUGCUUCACCUCUGCAUGUCUUGCCCUCACCCUUGCAUGGCGAUUCGCUCCUCCCGGGAGGACGAAGGCUCUUCUCCUUGUCGGGUUCGCCGUGGCGGCCAUCGCCCUCGUCCAGGCCUUCCUAGUCCUCGUGCCGCAGGCUCGAGAGCCCGAGUUCUGGGGUGUGCCAUUGAUGCCUUGGAUACCAUCCAUCUCCAUAUUCCUGAAUUUGUUCUUGUUGGGUUCUCUUGAUGGGCGAUCGUAUAUACGGUUCGGCUUCUUCUCGGUUCUUGCUGUACUGGUUUAUGUUCUAUAUAGCGUGCAUGCGAGUUUUGAUGCUGAAGAGAAUGGUGAUGUACUCAAAGUUGGAGAUAGUUGGAGACAUCCAGAGGAAAAUAAUGAUAGAAGCUUCACGGUGUGAAGGGAACUGUAGAAGAAUAGUGCUAUGUUUUGUUUUCUUUUCUUACGUCAUGGUUAUCUUUCUUUAUUUGAUGGGGUUUAUGCGGAGUUGAAUUGUGGGCGAAAAGGGAAUUCUGAGAGGCAAAAAUGAAAGGAACAGCAGGUCUUCCUAAAGAAAAAAAAAAGGCUGAAUGUAUGGUGCAUUUCAGAAAAUUCUUCAACUGUUUCAAUCUGGGGCUCAUCUUUGUUCCCCAAAAAUCAAAGAGUGCCAUAAAGAUAUA